CUUCUUCUUCGAUCACUACACAACCGUCACUCUACACUCUUCCAAACUCUUUCUCAGACAUAGCCAUGGCGGAUUCAAAGUCUCCGUCAGCAGCAGCGAAGCAUCAUUCACUGACAAAAGCAGAGGCCAAGGCAAUCUCUUCACUGUUCACCACACGGGGAACGAUGGUGUUUGCCUAUGGCGUCACAUUUGCUUUUGUUGCUUGUACGGCUUUCUUGGUGCUAAAUCCAUCUUCCAAUUCCUCUCCUUGGAUAAAAAACUUCCUCAAGUCGUCGUCUUCCAGCUCCCGGUUUUCCUCUCUUUUCUCUUCUUUUGUUUCUAAUUUUUCCCAAACCGAUGGCAACCCACUUCCUUUCACUUACCCACCGGCCGGCCCUUUUUGGGUUUCUUGGGAAAGCAGUGGAUUUGGUGACAAAAAUGGGUCUUUGUCCGGUGAUGGAGAAAGUCGAGUGUCGGAGGAUGUUCGGGCAUUCAAUCAAACGGGUACUUUACUCUUCACUCCGACUGUUUCUUUCUCUCAAGAAUCUAAUGGCACAUCAAAAGGUUUAGUAAUUCAAUUUUCCAGUAGCCCAUCAAAGAAUGAGAGUUGGGAUGCUAAUGUAACAAGAGAUCCAGGUGGUUCUCAGUCUUUCUCAGAUAAUGCUGGUGAUUACCGAUUGGCUUUAAAAGGAGAAGAUGGAAAGGAAUCAAAGGAUGUGUUGGAUUUGGAAAUGAAUGUUACAGGGGAAGGGGUUUUAGGUAAGGGGCGAGAGUCUAGCAAUGUGACACUGGAAUCAAAUGAAAUGGAUGGAUUUGGAAGUGUUGAUGACAUUUUUAGUAAGCAUAGAAAUGGAGAUCUUAAGCAUAUAGACUUAAUGAACCAUUGUAACAUAUUUGAUGGGAAGUGGAUGAGAGAUGAUUCUUGUCCAAUUUAUGCACCAGGGUCUUGUCCUCAUAUUGAUGAGCCUUUCAAUUGUUAUCUUAAUGGUAGACCUGACCGAGGCUAUGAGAAGUAUAGAUGGCAACCCAAAGAUUGCAAUAUACCAAGGUUGAAUGGUAGGCAUAUGCUGGAAUUGUUGAGAGGAAAGCGUGUAGUUUUUGUUGGUGAUUCUCUAAACAGAAAUAUGUGGGAGUCUCUUGUGUGCAUCCUUCAUAGCUCAGUGGGAGACAAAAGUAGAGUUUUUGAAGCCUCUGGCAGAAAUGAAUUUCGAACAGAUGGCUCUUAUUCUUUCAAGUUUGAAGAUUACAACUGUUCAGUGGAGUACUUUUGAUCACCAUUUCUGGUUCAAGAAGGUGAAAUGUCUGGAAAAAAUGGAUUGAUGAAGGAAACUCUUCACCUUGAUAUGAUUGAGAAAUCAUCUGAUAAGUACAAAAGUGCUGAUAUUCUCAUCUUCAACACAGGGCACUGGUGGACUCAUGAGAAAACUUCGAAAGGGAAAGGUUACUAUCAAGAGGGUAGCAUAAUUUAUGAUCAAUUGAAUGUCAAAGUGGCAUUUCGGAAAGCUUUGACCACAUGGGCAAGAUGGAUAGAUGCUAAUAUAGAUCCUAUGAAGACCCUUGUUUUCUUCAGGGGAUAUUCUGCUUCCCACUUUAGGGGUGGAAGAUGGAAUUCUGGAGGUCAAUGCCACAGUGAGACUGAACCUUCAGAGAAUGAGAUAUACUCAAAAAAGUAUUCAUCAAAAAUGAGAAUUUUAGAAUCAGUAAUCAAUGGGAUGAAUACAUCCGUGCUUUAUCUGAAUAUUACCAGAAUGACUGGUUUCCGGAAGGAUGCUCACCC